CAUUCAUUGAACCCUAGUUCGUUCUUCGCUUUGCAUCGAAUUAAACCACAUGCUCCACCGCUUGUGCGGGCCCCCGUCAAUUCCUUUGAGUUUCAUUCUUGCGAACGUACUCCCCAGGCGGGAUACUUAACGCGUUAGCGCAAAGAAUGAACCCCACACGACACGAGCACUGACAUGAGCAACCUGCAGUGAGAGCUCUAGCGACGGGCAAAAAUGGCGGCUUCCUCCUCGCUCAUCGCCGUCGUCCCGGCGCUCCUCCUCUUCUUCACAGCGUUCGCGCCCACACCACUGGCAGCAGCAGCGACCUCCUCCAAGCUUCCCAGCCAGCCUCCUCCUUUCCCUGCUUGGCUCGCUCCUCUGCAGCAGCACCGGGCGGCAAGCUCGAGCGGCAGGUACACCACCGCCGCCACGGCCUCCGCGAAGCCGUUCACGGCGCACUACUUCCCGCAGGAGCUGGAUCACUUCACCUUCACGCCCAACUCCUCCCGCGUCUUUUCCCAGAAGUACCUCCUCAACGACACCUUCUGGCGGAAACCCACCGCCGGCGCCGGCGGCGUCGGCCCUCUGUUCGUGUACACGGGCAACGAGGGCGACAUCGAGUGGUUCGCCACCAACACCGGCUUCAUGUUCGACAUCGCGCCCGAGUUCGGCGCCCUCCUCGUCUUCAUCGAGCAUCGGUACUACGGGGAGUCGAAGCCGUUCGGAAACGACUCGUACACGUCGGCAGACACGGUGGGCUACCUGACGUCCACGCAGGCGCUCGCCGACUUCGCCAUCCUCAUCACCAGCCUCAAGCAGAACCUCUCUGCCGUCGACGCCCCCGUCGUUGUCUUUGGCGGCUCCUACGGCGGCAUGCUGGCUUCAUGGUUCAGGCUCAAGUAUCCCCAUGUCGCCAUGGGAGCACUGGCAUCCUCUGCUCCGAUACUGCAGUUCGACGACAUCACCCCGUGGUCUAGCUUCAACGACGCCAUCUCGCAGGACUUCAAGUCUGAGAGCCUGAAUUGCUUCAGUGUCAUCAAGGCGGUCUGGGAUCUGCUAGAGGACAAGGGAUCCAAUGACACAGGGCUCUUGGAGCUCAGCAAAACCUUUAGGGCCUGCAAGACGGUGCAUUCCGUUUAUCCGCUGGCAUUAUGGCUAAGGGCAGCAUUCACCACCACAGCCAUGGUGGACUAUCCAACUCCAGCCAAUUUCAUGAUGAAUCUGCCUGCUUACCCUGUGAAGGAGAUGUGCAAGAUCAUUGAUUCUUUUCCCGCGGAAGCAGACGUCAUCGGCAAAGCUUUCGCUGCGGCGAGCCUAUACUACAAUUACACAGGCGACCAGAAAUGCUUCGAGGUGGAGGGUGGCGAUGACCCUCAUGGCCUCCAUGGCUGGGGCUGGCAGGCCUGCACAGAGAUGGUCAUGCCGAUGACGGUGUCGAACGAGAGCAUGUUCCCACCGUCCAGCUUCAGUGACGAGAAGAGGUCGGAGGGCUGCCACCUGGUCUACGGAGUUCGUCCAAGGAUGCACUGGAUCACUACUGAAUAUGGUGGCCAUAAAAUUGACAAGGUUCUCAAGAGGUUUGGGAGUAACAUCAUCUUCUCCAACGGGAUGCGAGACCCAUGGAGUCGAGGCGGGGUGCUCAAGAACAUAUCAUCCAGCAUCAUUGCUCUUGUCACAGAGAAAGGGGCCCAUCAUUUGGACCUCAGAUCAGCAACCAAGGAUGAUCCAGACUGGCUUGUAGAACAAAGGAGACAGGAAGUUGGGAUCAUACAUGGAUGGAUAGAUCAGUAUAACAAGGACAUUGCGCAGAUGUAGCAGUAAGAAGGCGCCAUUGAUUUUCACAGUCAAGGAAAAUUAAUGUAGCUACAUGGAAAAUGUAAGGACUUUGCUAUCUUCUACAGGGCGAUAAGUACAAAAACUGAAGAUAGUGCAUUAGUGCAACUUCAAAUUAAACAAGACACCAGAAAUUUUUGAACUUAAGCAGUCAUAAACGGAUCAUGAAUGCAGAGGUUCUCUUUUUCUA